AUUUCAGUCAAGUCUUUAGAAUCGGACGGUGCAGACGUGCUGGAAAAUAAAAUUUUAAUUUGCUUUGCUCCAUUGCAUUGGAGCAUUGAAUUACGCGCGUAAUAAGGCGACACCGAACACUCGCGGCCAACGCUACUAUCAACGUCAUAAUUGUUACGGUCAUUAUUGUAAUCAACGACAUUCUCUCUCUCUCUCUCUUUCAAUAUCAUUAUCAUCUUUAUUGUCAUAACAGAGAGACAGCAGAGAAAUUCAAAACGAUUUUUUGCCACAGUCGGAAGAUAGUGUGUAACGAGCUCAGACAUACGGAAAAAUAAACAAAAAAAAAAAAAACGGAAGAGCAGUCGACAUACAAUUCAAAAUAAACAAAAUUGAGGAUUUUCGUAAUUAAAAGCAAAAGUAGUGAAUCGAAGGACGAGUGCGCGAAAAAAGAAAAGAAAAAAAACUGCAACACCCACAUCUGAUAGCUGACCGCCACGGCCACAGUAAGCGUUUGGCUUUUGUGGGACCUAGACAUCUCACGCUUGUGCCUCCCAAGACGAUUGCCAAUUCAGUUGGGGGACCGGCACUCAGACAGACAACAUGUUGGGCGUUAAAUAUUUAACGGAAGCCCAUUUGAAGGGCUUCGAGAAAUACAAGUACAGCAGUAUUGACACAAGUUAUCUGAGCGUCUAUGUUAUGCAUCCUUUUUGGAACAAAUGUGUGGAGUUUUUACCCAUGUGGCUGGCGCCGAAUAUCCUGACUUUUGUGGGAUUUCUUAUGACAGUCAUUAAUUUUCUGCUGUUGGCCUACUAUGAUUGGGAUUUUGCGGCGGCGAAUCCAGCUGAAAACACAGUUCCCCGUUGGGUGUGGUCGGUGGCGGCCUUGAACAUAAUGCUUUACUACAAUCUGGAUGGCAUGGAUGGUAAACAGGCAAGACGGACAGGAACCAGUGGUCCUUUGGGUGAAUUAUUCGAUCAUGGCUUGGACUCGUAUUCAGCUGUACUCAUACCCAUCUAUAUGUUUUCUUUGUUUGGCACUGAUGACCUGCCACCUUAUCGCAUGUUCUUUGUGAUAUGGAAUGUGUUUCUGAAUUUCUAUUUGACGCAUGUGGAGAAAUAUAAUACGGGUGUUAUGUUUCUGCCCUGGGGAUAUGAUUUUACCAUGUGGGGUGUAAGCAUUACCCUUUUCUUAACUACAAUUGUGGGGCCGGGUAUAUGGCGCUAUCGUCUUGAAACCUAUAACAUUUCCAUGGCAAACAUCUUUGAAGUUAUACUCAUCGGUUCGGGUAUUGUUACCAGUCAUCCUAUAAUUCUGAAAAAUAUUUACAUGUCAUACAAAAACAAAACCGGCAAGAUGAGACCCUUUUUGGAGGCAGCACGUCCCAUGUUUGCUUUCCUAUGGUUGUUUUUCAUUACCACAAUAUGGGUUUUGUUUUCGCGCAACAAUGUCAUUAAUUUAGAACCUCGCAUUAUGUUCAUUUUAUUUGGUACACUUUUCUCGAACAUAGCGUGUCGUUUGAUAGUGUCCCAAAUGUCGGAUACACGAUGCGAUGGCUUUAAUAUUUUGAUGUGGCCACUGGUGGCCACAGUUGGUGUAAGUUGUUUUCCCUGGUACAAACAGGUAAUGGGUAGUGAAAUAGAUGCCACUGUGGAACGAUUGCUGGUGCAGGGUCUGACGAUAUUUGUGACAGUUGCCCAUUUACAUUACGGUCAGGGAGUGGUUCGUGAGAUGUGUAGCCAUUUCAAAAUACGCUGUUUCAAAAUCGUAAAACCUGAACCAGCAGAACAGGAAAUGGAAACGCCAGAGGAAAUUGUUUAGUUGUAUGUCAGACUUUCACACAGCAGACAAAGUCAAAAGUAAGGAUCACAAAAAGAUUGAUCUUUAGCCAUAGUGUAAACCAACCUAUAAGCCUGGCAAUAUUAUUUAGAUUUAAGACACAUACAAACAAGUACAUCAAUCAUCUGAAUUCUUUAUUUAACAUUUAAUAUGUGAAACUUAUUUAUAGUUGAUGACAAUGACAAUGAAUGACAUACUGAAUGACGAUGACAGUGACGGCAAUGACAAUGACAAUGAAUGAGAAAUAAAAAACACUUGUAAAUUGUUAAAUAUUUCGUGGUUCACAAAAUAAAAUAAAGACCUUUUCGUGUAGACGAAAACCGAAUUUUGUAAAAAGAUUCAUAGAGGUACGAUUCAUUUCGUUGAUCAUAACUCGCACGCAUUCUCCCUCCUUGGCCAAGCGUUGGGAGAAUUCAUUGAUAAGCAGCGAUGCUAGUCCAUGUCUGCGAUGUUCUUCACGAACAUGUAAAGUCCCCAAAAAACCACAAGGGCAUCUGCGCAAAGACAAAUUUAAGAUUGAAAAGAACUUUCUUACGAGGUUCAUGAUACAUACCUUGUGCACCAUGCUAUCAACUCGUUGGUGUCCUUGCGAUAGACACCAAGGCUUAUAUUGUAAGUAAUUACCGAUUCCAGAAAGUCCAGGGAGCCAUCUUGGCGAGAAUACCAUAAAUUAUUUACGGUUGCCGCGUCAGAAACACUAAGGGGUCGCACUUCAAAUCCUUCGGGACACCUGACAAUAUUGUAUAAAUAAAGUUGCCCAUGAGAUGUUAUAAAACAAA